UGGUGGGUACAUCCGACGAGUGGCCCAUCCCAAAGUAAAGCAUUUAAGCUGUGUAUCAGUGAGAUGUGUUUGACGUGCUUCUCCCACGAAUCGUACCCGAGUGGGUUGCGCAUUCUAAAGCCCCAAAUGUCACCCAAGUGUUGCGCUUGGUAGCAGCGCAUAAAAAAGUAGAGUGUUCCCUUCGUCACAGUUGUUGCUCUACCGUCAUUCUCAUAAAUGCAUAUUUUGUGGUGGUUGAACUUCGGUUAAAGAGUAACUUAAGGCCUUAAAGGGCAACAGUGCAGUGUAAACCGAGCGCCACGCCGCCACGCACAAGUGGACACAUUUUGAAUGUGUAUGGGAGAAGAAAAAAAAACGUGCUAUCUUACUCGUGAAUAUGUGUGUGACCGUGGGGCCGCCUUAACCUGCCAUCGUCGCAUCGUUACACUGCGAGACCUUCUUGGUUGUUGUUGUUGCUGUUGUUGUUGCCCCAACGCUUUGGGGUUGGAAGUUGUUCGCCGAAACGAAACGCAAAACCAGCGUCCGUCCUAUCCGUCCGGCUUACCAUCGGGUGGAAACCCCCAGCAGUAUGGUUGGAAGAAUGUGCUGAUCGGGACAGAGAGUUUUUUUCUCUUUUAUUUUUGUUGUCGUUUUGGUCGUAAUGCUUAACCCAAGAAUAUGAUGCACAGUGAAAGAUAAAUUGUUUAUUUCGCCAAAUUUAUCGCGUCGGUUUUUUUAUGUGCUGGUUCGUUCGAGCAACGUUUUAUUUGCCGGGAAACAAACAAGAAACAUAAGGAAAAGCCAUGAAAACACCUACAGAAUCUGCAACAUCAGCAUACUGGUGAUCUGUUUCGUUUGUGGUUUUUUUUUUUGCAGUGAUCGUAGUGUGUGAAGUUGCUGCUAGUAUGCUUGAAUUCUUCCAUCAAAAGUGUAACAACAACAAUCGUGGUCGUGGUGCGCAAAUUGAUUCGCAUUCGUGCGCUCAUCGCACAAUUCAACGCGCAAGUGUUUAGUUUGGAACGAUUAUCCAAAGUGGUGAAGAAUGUGAAAAGUGCCGUAUCGUUUAAGGAACACAAACACUCGUUCCAGGUACGAUGUGCCUGACGAGUGGCUUCUGCAACAAAGUUAAGAAACUAUGAAGUGUUUGAUUUGGAGAGAAUACGGCAAGAUCGAAUUUUUCCAGUGUCGCCCGGAAAGGCCAAACGGUGUCCAGCAGAUAGGAGUAAAUUAGCGAAUUUCAUUAGCACCAUGAUGAUGGGCAAACCAGCUACUGUGAUAUUAGUCGUUACGUCCAUCGCUAUCUUAAGCGUGUUCCAUCGUGCAACGUUAGUUAGUGCACUCGAUGAUCAUCGCAUUGUGAGGGAGCAGGAUAGCAACAAUGCACACGGUGCACCGGAAAUUGAUACCGUCGAGGAGGAGAUCACACUACCGAAAGGUGCUAGCUGGAAUUUCACCUGUAAAUCCCAUCAACCGAUCUUGUGGACACAUUAUGCUGCAUCGUACUAUUGGAGACCGAUGUACAACGUCCCCCAUGACUUUCAAACGGACGAUCCGGACAAACCGUACGGAAGUGUGCUCAUGCUGACGGAUGCCUCUGCCGAACUGGUCGGCCGGUACUAUUGUGUCAAUAUGGAAUCCUACGAUGAAGAGUUAGAGGAUAAGUUGGAUGAUUUGGUAGCCGAAUAUUCCGCCUCCACCGUUUACGUGUACGUCGACGAUCCUGACGAACCGCUAGUUCCGGUAGAUUCACCCAUUUUUCGUGUAAACCAGUACGAAAACUUUGUCAUACCUUGUAAACCAACGCACCCAAAUGUUGAGGUGGAGCUGGUCAAAGAUUUGGAAGGGGAUUUGGUUGAAGAUUAUCAGUACAGUAAUACCCAAGGAUAUCUGCUAAGCUUUAACAGGCUGGAGGAUGGUGGUUCCUACUACUGCCUGGUGAAAGAUAAACCCGAACAUCGCAUACACUUCGAGAUAGCGAUCAACGAACACUAUGAAUUUGAAAACAUCACCGGAAACAGUACAUUCCACGGGGAUGCUGUUGAAGAUCCAAUGCGCUUCGGCAACAACAUGACGGAAGGCAAUAGUACAACAUUUGACAAUUUUACCUACAUUUAUCUCGAUGAGGACACUAGCAACGAACCGGUUGCCGGGACUUCUGUUGGCAACGAAAAUGCUACGGAAGAUCGUUCGACUACAUCUCGUACCACUCAUGUCUAUCCUCUUCAUGGCGAAAACUCUUCACACGUACCAUUGAUCUCUACUAUUGAACCUGUAGCUGAGUACAUAAUGAAACCGUCGAUUCAUAGCGAUACCAAGGAUCACAUACCGAUCGGUCAACGCAUCCGCCUUGUUUGCAAGGUAAACAUUCGCGCCGGCGUUAAUCUCGAAAUGACGUGGAAGGUUCCGCCAAACUUGAAACUCGCCGUAAAGGACGAUAGAACAAGGAUUGGCCCAUUGAAGGUGGAACCGGUUCCAGAUGCAGAACAUCGGGAGAUAGCUUCCCGGGAGCUUAUCAUCGAAAGGGCAACACUCGCCGAUGAUGGCACAUAUCGUUGCGUAGUGCAGGAUCUAAACAAUCAUGUAAACUAUCACAGUUUCAAGCUGCACGUACGCGACUCCGCCGAGGACUAUGUGAUGUUGCGCGAAGAAAACAAUCUGUCCGAGAUUAAUGUGCGGCCGAACGCGAUCGGAAAAGCAGAACCGAUCAACAUUGUAAUCGAAUAUCGAUCGCACCCGGCCAACAUAACGUACUACUGGUUGAAGGAUGACGACGAGAUAACUGCCGGACAUCAUGGGAAGUAUGAGCUCACCCAUAGCGAUACACAUGUGAAGCUGCGUAUAACAGAUCCGAAGGUGUUUGAUACGGGUAAUUACACCGUGUUCGUUAUGGCUGGAAAUGCAGAAAAAUCGCACCGAAUGGCAGUGCUUGUUUAUGCCAAACCCAUCUUGCAUAUGGAAAGCAAGUUUGUGAAACCGAACGAGGAGGUAUCGUUCCAAUGCAGAAGCAUCGGUUUUCCACGGCCAGAUAUAUCAUUCGCUUUUCUUCCCUGUCUGGCGAAACCCUGGACGAAUUGUUCGAUACCAUCAUCGAAGGAUACCCACUGGGACUCCUCGAGCCCGGAUAUCGGUUCGGAGCCAUCGGCAAGAUCGCUUCCCGGUGGAAAACCCGAAACGCAGAUAACGAAGUCACGAAUCUACACAAUAAUUCCGAAAGAUCCGGGCGUGGUGUACUGCAAAGCAAUCAACACGGAAGGUAGUGAAGUGGCGCAAGCCGAUCUAUUAGUUAGUGAACUAUCCGAUGCGAUAACGCUGGAAAAAGAGCAACCAAAAGAAACAAUCACCGUGGGUGAUCACGUCACGAUCGUCUGUUCGGCACUCGUGUACAAUCACACCAAGAACAUAACGUUCGUGCUGAAUGGCAAUGAGCUGCACGAAGCGGACGGUGUACGCUUAAGCUACUCGGAAAAGCUGUUCGCGUGGCAGGCCCGGCUGGACAUUGAACAUGUUACGAACGAUCACGAGGGAACCAUAUACUGCCAUGUGCGAACCCAGCUCAACAGCGUCGAAACGCGAGCCUUCCACAUGGAGGUAUUGGAUCCCAUCGCACCGAUGCUUGUGAGCGGAAAGAUCAAUCAAAGUCUGUCGGUCGAUUUGCACGAUCCGUUGAAGCUGGAGUGUGAUGUAGUGGGUACACCGGAUCCGAAGAUCGUUUGGCUAAAGGAUGGUGAACCGGUGCAGCCAGAUGAAAGCAGCAAUCGGGUACAGUUAACGAAAACGACACUUAUUUUUGAGUAUCUAAAAAUGGAAGAUUUAGGCACGUUUGAGUGUCGGGCGGAAAAUAAAAUGGGCACAAUUGAAAAGUACUGGAAGCUGGAUGUACGAACUGCGGUGGUGAGAAAAUCGCUCAUUUAUAUAAUCUUGUGCCUGUUCCUGCUGUUGAUCGUCGCGAUCGUAAUGGUUUCAAUGUUCUACUGCAAGAAAAAGAAGGAAGUGAAAGCCAUGAAGGAAGCCGGUAUUGUAAACUUUGAGGAAGGCAAUUUGGGUGUUUACAAUCCCGAACUGGCGCUUGAUGAGCAGGCCGAUCUGUUACCGUACAACUCGGAGUACGAGUUCCCGAAGGAUCGGCUCAAGCUCGGCAAACAGCUGGGAACUGGUGCUUUCGGUGUGGUAAUGAAAGCCACCGCUACACGCAUUAUGGUGAACGAGGAUGAAACGACCGUUGCCGUAAAGAUGGUGAAAAAGCAAACCGACAACGAGGUGAUGCGGGCACUCAUUUCCGAACUUAAAAUUAUGGUCCAUCUGGGACAGCAUUUAAAUGUGGUGAACUUACUAGGAGCAGUUACUAAAAACAUUGCCAAACGUGAAUUGAUGGUGAUCGUGGAGUAUUGUAGAUUUGGAAAUGUACAAAACUUCCUGCUAAAGCACCGUCCCUAUUUCAUCGAUCAAAUUAAUCAAGAAACGGGUGAGAUCGAUUCGUCGAUCGAUAAGAAUCAGUUACGGUGGUCGAAGUGUGGUUACCAGUAUAAUAGUCAGGGUUUGAAAUAUGUAAAUCUUUCAUUUUCCACCAACAACGUCAAUCAUCAUCCCCUUCAACAUCCGACUGCUUUCUACCAUAAUCACAUCGACAGCGGAUCAACGCAGUACGUUGACCCGAAGAAGCAUCUCAACUCGAAGGGAUACGUACGGCAUUCCGGGCUCCAGAACAUGGGUAUGGUGGACAGUUGCAACACCGAAGUAACAGCCAUGACAUCAGUUGAAGUGGAAGAUCUAAACACGGUCAACUCGAAUGAACCGCUGUGGCGUUCGAACUACGGCAUGGAUUACAAAGGUCCGGCACGAUCCGUCAACACGACCGAUCUUGUUUGCUGGGCGUCCCAAAUUGCCAGCGGAAUGGAGUAUUUGGCCUCGCGGAAGGUACUACACGGUGAUCUGGCUGCGCGAAACAUACUCCUGUGCGAUGAUAACGUGGUGAAGAUUUGUGACUUUGGAUUAGCCAGAUCGAUGUACAAGAGUGACAAUUACAAGAAAAAGGGUGAAGCACCACUACCAUUCAAAUGGCUCGCGCUGGAAUGUAUUAGCGAUAAUGUGUUUAGUACGUAUUCGGAUGUGUGGGCCUAUGGAAUAGUUCUCUGGGAACUGUUUUCCCUUGGCAAAGUGCCUUACCCGGGUAUGGAAGCGAAUCAGGAGCUGUACAACAAGUUGCGCGAUGGCUAUCGGAUGGAUAAGCCACAGUACUCCAACCAAGAUAUUUAUGACAUUAUGUUAAACUGCUGGAACGUAAAGCCCGACUCGAGACCAUCGUUCAAGGAUCUGAAGAGCAGAUUUAACGCCAUGCUUCCGGACGAAAUGCGAGAUCAUUAUCUGGAACUAAAUGAGCCAUACCUUCAAAUGAAUGCGGAAAAACUAGAACGAGGCGAUACCGAUUAUUUAGCCAAUCUCGGUCCACCAGAGGAACCGGCACCUACUGCACCAAAUUAUGUGAAUGGUAUCAUUCUACCUCUUCCACCGAUUUCAGAAAUCCGAAACGAUAAAGACUAUCUGAAGAUGUCCCGGGCAAAGUCCGAAUCGCAGGAGAGCAAUUUUGAUUUUGCCUCGUUUAACAGCGAUCGCCAUUCGCCAACUACUCGCAACAAUCUCGAUACUAGUCCACCCAAUGGCAGCAAACGGCACAAGAAGCUUGGUCUGCCGGAGGAAAUUCCCAUGCUCGAUGGUAACCGACUGUCGUCCACCAUGAAUGGAUUUAAUUCCGAUUCCGAAACGGAACCGGUCAGCCCGCAGCCACGUGAGCGCACAAGCAAGCACAACCCGGAACCGCAGUAUAUGAAUGUGAAGAGUCAAAAGUUUGCGGGCCGUUCGGCGAAUGAUGAGAUCGGUGCGGGUAUUACACAGGAAGCCAUUAGCAAUCCUGGCUACAUAGCGCUAAGCAUGGUCGACGAAAAACGCUGCUAGUAAAUGAGUAUCGGAAAGAGUUUUACUUUGUAAUUUUUAAGCAAACUUUGUAUUUGUGGUUCUUGUAAAGUGAAUGCCACAGUUUCAUUUUCGCUCAUAAACUUUAUACAAAGAUUUGACGUUUAAAACAGUUGGGACCGUUUCUAGAUUUUUUGCACGUUGAAGUGAAAGAUUUAAAGAUAGAAUUGCAUACAGUUCUCCUUUUUGGACCUUCUGUAAGGCCUUAAUUGCCUCUACACAAAGCUUUAUCGGCUUACCCAAUGUCUGGAGACAGGGAAAAGAUUAAUUUUUUUCCUCUAAAAUGAAACGUUUAAAUAAUAAAGAAAUGGUCCCACCUUUCUCAUUUAAACUCAAAAACCCUGUAACCCUGCAUCUUCCAUUCGUUCUUAAUAUUUGGCCAAAUAAUGAGUUCGCUUGAAAAAUGAUCAUGCUAACGAGCUCAGUAAUACUUAAGACACCGAAUAAGGCGCACAGGAGCAAGCGUUACUCCAAAAGGAAACUAUCGAGUAGAGCGCAAAGAUACACACUAUUUUCGUAUGUCCUUUACAUAGCUGUGCGUAUUUUGAAUAAGUAAGUGUACAUAAAUUAUUACAGAAGCAUAGCGUAUCGUGUUACGAUAUCGAUUCUAUACGUACGGCAGAGAUAGCAACACUUCCAUCUAAUGUAAUUAAUUGUUAAGCUGCGACAAAUAAAACAUACCUUCUUUCGAAUA